GCCGGCCACAGCAGACUCGAAGCCCUGCGCAGGGGGGCGGGACGUCGGGGCGCCGCGCUGCCCCGCAAGGUGCGGGCUGCUGGGGUCUCCCGCACGCACGCGGCCGGGACGUGGGCUUGGGGCGCCCCCCCCCCCCCCACGAGCUGGCGGGCUUUGCAGGGACCCAGGAGACGCCAAGUGCAGCGCGUCCUUUCCAGAGGGGCCGGUCCGGAACCUGAAACCCGCGCGCCUUGGGCGCCUCGGGGGAGCACGCGAGGCUCUUCGCUUCCAACAGCCCUGCGCCUUCACGAGGAAGAAAAGUGCACAGGAAAGCCAAGCGACCCUUCCAAAGUCACACAGCCCGGGAAGGUGGGCGGCCCCGGCUCCCAGUGCUCGGCCAUGGCCCCUCUGCCGCUGUGCAGGCUCCCGAGGUCGCUGCCGCCGUGGCUGCUGCUGCUGCUGAGCGUGGCGCUGUUGGGUUUCCAGGCCCGCGCCGAGCCCGCCGCCGGGAACGCUGUCCCCGCGCAGAGCCGUCCGUGCGUGGACUGUCACGCGUUCGAGUUUAUGCAGCGUGCCCUGCAGGACCUUCGGAAGACCGCCUACAGCCUGGACUCGAGGACCGAGGCCCUCCUGCUGCAGGCCGAGCGCCGGGCCCUGUGUGCCUGCUGGCCUGCCGGCCGCUGAGGCCCCUCAUACGCCACUAUUCCCCCAUCAAUAAACACGGGCCCCACA